AUGGCGAACGGUACGGAUUCUGAGGAGUUUGUGGUGAUGUCUAAGGUCCGGACGGGCCUGAAACGUGAGUUCGCGUUUGCGUUGAAGGCCCAGGCUGAAGUGUCUGGUUCUUUGGGACGGACUCGGGGCAGUAAUUCUCUGAAUGAGAAUGGUAAGAGGUUGAAGAAAGCGACCACGAACGAGGUGCAGAAGGAUGAUGGGGACGAGAAAUUGACGAGUGGUGACGAUAUAUUGGCGGGUGGGGAGAUGGUUGAGGGCGACAAUGUGAAGGUUAUGGAGGAUUUGGAUGAGACCAUGAGCGAAGAGGACGCCAAAAGCGAUGUGGUGGACCUCAUAAGCGACGACGAGCCUAAAACCCAUGUGGAUGACUCUGUGCUGAGCGAGAGGGUCUACGAAGACGAGUUGAAGAACGGUGAGGUUGAGAUGGCAGUCGACGAUGAGCCACAGACGGGUUGCAUUGGUGAUUCGGUGAAUGAAGAUGAGGCUCAGGAGGAGCAAUUGAAGAAGAGUGGACCAGAAAAGCCUUUGGUGGAUGAAGAAUUGCCGGAGAUGAUUGAGAGUGGCGGCGAUAAGGUGGAAGGAGAGGUGAUUGAAAAGCCGGAGAGGCGGUUUACUCGGUCAGCAUUGAAGCCGAAGGCGGAGAAAGUGAAUAAUUUACCCGGGAAAAGUGAUUCCCAACAGUUAAAUUCGAAGAUGCUGAAAAGCCCAUUUGUUAGUAAAUCAAAACUUGAGAUGAAAAUGCCGAAGAUGGUGAGGAAGUUUGUUAAAUUAAAAGAUUUUCUUGAUACCGGUAUCCUCGAGGGGCAGCCCGUCAAGUACCUUAGAAAGGUAAGAGGAGCUGGAGAUACGUGGCUUAUGGGAGUGAUUACGGGUUCUUCCAUAUUGUGUCACUGUGAUUCUUGCCAAGGAACUGAAGUUGUUACACCUGCGGUGUUUGAGCUGCAUGCGGGUAGUUCAAAUAAACGUCCUCCGGACUAUAUUUAUCUUGAAAAUGGCAAUACCCUUCGGGAUGUCAUGACCGUAUGCCAAAAUUCUCCAUUGGGAAUUUUGGAAGAAGCUGUUAGACUUGCUGUUGGUUGCUCAUCGAUAAACAAAUGUACCAUCUGUCUCAAUUGCAAAGGUGCUAACCAUAGUGAUGAAUCACCAAAGCCGGUUACGGUUCCAAAGGGGCCUGAUACCAUGUCAAAUUGUAGUUCAUUGAAGCCGGUUCCAGCUCCAAAGUUUCCUGAUACUGUGUCAAAGUAUAGCUCACCAAAGCCGGUUACAGUACCAAAGUGUCCUGAUACUGUGUCAAAGUAUGGCUCACCAAAGCCGGUUACAGUACCAAAGUGUCCUGAUACCACAUUGAAGUGUAGCUCCUCAGAAAGUAAGAGUCAGGGACGUGUAACAAGAAAGGAUCUUCGUUUGCACAAGUUGGUUUUUGAGGAAGAUGUUUUGCCAGAUGGAACAGAAGUCGCCUAUUAUUCUCAUGGGGAGAAAAUGUUGGUCGGUUAUAAAAAGGGGCCUGGCAUUAGUUGUAGCUGCUGCAAUGAUGUGGUCAGCGCGUCGCAGUUUGAAGCUCAUGCUGGUUUUGCAUCACGUCGCAAGCCUUACCUAUUCAUUUACACAUCUAAUGGGGUAUCUCUCCAUGAAUUGGCAUUAUCUCUGUCAAGAAAUCGGAAGUCAUCUACAAAGAAGAAUGAUGACCUAUGCUCCAUGUGUCGAGAUGGAGGAGAUCUCUUGUGCUGUGAUAAUUGUCCAAGGGCUUUUCACAAAGAGUGCCUUUCUCUACCAAGUGUCCCUGAAGGUACUUGGUACUGUAAACAUUGCCAGUCUAUGUUUGAGAGAGAGAAAUUUGUGGAGCAUAAUGCCAAUGCUGUUGCAGCUGGAAGAGUUGCAGGAGUUGAUCCUAUAGAACAAAUAACCAACCGAUGCAUUCGUAUUGUCACAACUUUCGAGGAGAAAUUUGGUGGUUGCGCACUGUGCAGAGGACAUGAAUUCAGCGGCUCUGAUUUUGGUCCUGGCACAGUUAUUUUGUGUGAUCAGGAAAUACCAAAAGGAAAAUGGUUCUGUUGCCCAGAUUGCCACAGGGUUCAUUCAGCUUUGCAGAAGUUGGUAGUUCAUGGGGGACAGAAGCUUCCGGACACCUUACUGAAUGUUGUAAGGAAGAAGCACAAUGAGAAAGGUACAGAGUUUGGGGCUAAUCUUGAUAUAAAAUGGAGGGUGCUUAAUGGGAAAACGUCCACUGAUGAUGAAAGUUUACAGUUGCUUUCAAAGGCUCUUGCCAUAUUCCAUGAUCGUUUUGCCCCAAUAGUUGAUCCUACUUCACGCCUUGACUUCAUCAAAGAAAUGCUUUAUGGGGGGACCAUCCAGACCCAAGAAUUUGGUGGGAUGUACUGUGCAAUAAUUACAGUAAACCAAUUGGUUGUGUCAGCCGGAAUGUUUCGUAUCUAUGGAGCAGAAGUGGCAGAGCUUCCUUUAGUGGCAACAAGUGCUGAUUACCAAGGACAGGGUUACUUCCAGACUUUAUUUUCAUGUAUUGAGAGGUUUCUUGCGUUCUUAAAUGUGAAAAGUCUUGUUGUGCCAGCUGCUGAUGAGGCAGAAUCAAUCUGGAAAAAGAGAUUUGGGGUGAAGAAGGGGGCCUAA